AUGAGUGCUAACAGUAACUCCCUGGCCCGUGAGUUUCUGACUGACGUCAACCGGCUCUGCAAUGCCGUGGUCCAGAGGACAGAGGCCAGGGAGGAGGAAGAGGAGGAGGCGCAUAUGGCAGCCCUGGGCAAGUACCUGGUUCACGGACGAGGCUUCCUGCUACUCACCAAGCUGAACUCUAUCAUUGAUCAGGCAUUGACGUGUCGGGAGGAGCUCCUCACUCUUCUUCUGUCGCUGCUUCCCCUGGUUUGGAAGAUCCCUGUCCAAGAAGAAAAAGCAGCAGAUUUUCACCUACCAUUCUCAGUGAAUAUCAUCCAGACCAAAGAAAAGAGUUCCAGUUCACAACAACCCCCUCAGGACAAGUUGCAUUUAGAGGGAAGUACCCCAAGCAGUCAGGUUUCCACAAAGGCAGAGCCUUUACUGAAAAGCCGCCGGCAGCGGAAGACCACCCACCGCUAUUCCGUGAGGGAUGCGAGGAAGACACAGCUGUCCACCUCAGACUCGGAAGGGAAUUCGGAUGAUAAGAGUGUGGCUGUAACCUUCCGCCGCAGACCCCACGUGCCACAGUGUUCCCUAACCCAGCCUCCGAACAAAGACACCCCCCCGGCGAGAGCCCACCUCUCAGCUACCAAAGGCGAGCACACACUAGACGCUAUGGCUUUAGAAAGGGCUGGAGAGGACAUUCCAGACAUGGACGUGCUGAGCGAGCCAGCUGCCUCGGCCAUCAUCAGUGCCAUGAACAACUCUCCCUUUGACCUCUGCCAUGUUUUGUUAUCUUUACUGGAGAAAGUGUGCAAGUUCGAUGUGGCCGUGAACCAUGGCUUGGGCCUGAUGGCUGGUGUUGUGCCCACACUGACGGAGUUCCUUGCAGGCUUUGGGGACUGCUGCGGGCCCAGCGGCAGUUUAGACAGCCAGGUAGUCUCUGCGGGCUGGACCGAGGAGCCCCUUGCGCUGGUCCAGCGGAUGCUGUUCCGCACAGUGCUGCAUCUCAUGUCUGUGGACAUCAGCACUGCAGAAACCAUGCCAGAAAGCCUGAAGAAGAACCUAACCCAAGUGCUCAGGGCAGCCUUGAGGAUCCAAGCGUGCCUCGAAAGGCAGCCCAACCCUUUUGCCCCCAGACAGAAGAAGACACUGCAGGAGGUCGAGGAUGCUUUCGUGUUUUCCCAGUGUCGUCACAGAGCCCUUGUACUGCCGGAACUUCUUGAAGGAGUCCUGCAGAUCCUGGCCUGUUGUCUUCAAAGCGCAGCUUCCAACCCCUUCUACUUCAGCCAGGCCAUGGACCUGGUUCAGGAGUUCAUCCACCAUCAGGGCUUUCAUCUGUUCGAGACAGCGGUUCUUCAGAUGGAGUGGCUAGUCCUGCGAGACGGCGUCCCUCCCGAAACCUCAGAGCACCUGAGAGCCCUGAUAGCUGGCGUGGUGAAGAUCAUCAGCACCGUCAAAAAGGUCAAGUCCGAGCAGCUGCACCACUCAGUGUGCACAAGGAAAUGGCACCGGCGCUGCGAGUAUUCACACUUCCUGCACCACCACCGGGACCUCUCUGGCCUCCUGGUCUCAGCUUUCAAGAGCCAGGGUUCCAGCAACCCUUUCGAAGAGACGGCGGACGGAGAUGUCCACUACCCCGAGCGGUGCUGCUGCCUGGCUGUGUGUGCCCACCAGACCCUGCGCCUGCUGCAGCAGGUGUCUUUGACCAGCACCUGUGUCCACAUCCUGUCCGGAGUCCACAGUGCUGGCAUCUGCUGCUGUAUGGACCCCAAAUCUGUCAUAAUCCCUUUGCUCCAUGCUUUUAAAUUGCCAGCUCUGAAAAAUUUUCAGCAGCAUAUAUUAAAUAUUCUUAACAAACUUAUCUUAGACCAGUUGGGUGGAGCAGAGGUUCCGCAAAAAAUCAAGAAAGCAGCUUGUAAUAUCUGCACGGUCGACGCUGACCAGCUGGCCACACUGGAAGAAGUGCUGCAGGACCAUGCAUGUGACGCUGAGUCCGUCUCAAAGCUGUCCAGCCCUUUCUUCCGCUGCCAGGGCAUCCUGCCCAGCAGUGGGGCUGAGGACCUGCUGUGGAAAUGGGAUGCUCUAGAGGCUUACCGGGACUUUGUGUUUGAAGAGGACAGACUGCAAAGUGUGCAGAUUGCAAACCACAUCUGCACCUUGAUCCAGAAAGGCAAUGUGGUGGUGCGGUGGAAACUGUACAAAUGUGUGUUUAAUCCGGUGCUCCAGAGAGCAGCUGAAUUGGCUCAUCAUUGCCAGCAUCUAAGCAGCGCUGUGGCUCGAACUCAUGACUGUAGUCAUCAUAGCCCGUGUCUGCCUCAGGAAGUGUUGCAGGUUUACUUAAAGACUCUGCCUGCGCUGCUGAGAUCCAGGGUAAUAAGAGAUUUGUUUUUAAGCUGUAAUGGAGUGAAUCAAAUAAUUGAAUUAAACCACCUUGACGGUGUUCGCAGUCUUUCCCUAAAGGCAUUUGAAAUGCUGAUCAUCAGCCUGGAGGAGCAACAGAAGGAUGCUUUGGUCCCAGGUCCUGAGGGUGACAAUGAACAGAAGGCGUCAGCCUCUCUGAAUGCAGGUCCUUCUGGUCCUCAUCAGCAAGGUUGCUCAGAGUCUCCUCAGAGUCUCAGCAAGUUUUAUUCCGGCCUCAAAGAUGCCUAUCCAAAGAAGUGGAAGACUGUGAGCCAAGACACCCACAUCAACAUGAUCAAUCUGUUCCUUUGCGUGGUGUUUCUGUGUGUGAUCAAGGAAGCCGACCCUGAUAAGGACUCUGCCGCUGAGUCCGAGGAUACCUCAGGCUAUGACAGCACCGCCAGCGAGCCUCUGAGCCACAUGCUGCCGACGCUGCCCGUGGACAGCCUGGCCUUGCCAGCCCCCGAGCACCUGUACCAGGCCGCGGACAUCUGGUCCAUGUGCUGCUCCAUCUACAUGCUGAGUCCUGUCUUCCAGAAGCAGUUUCAUAAGCUGGGUGGUUUCCGAGUGUGCUAUAAGUUAAUAGUUAUGGUGAUACAGAAGCUCUUACGAAGUCAGAAAGAGGGGCGACACAAAACCCAGGACGAUGCAACUGGAAAUGAAAGGCAAGAUUUGAGCAGAGCUACCCAGUCUGAGAUAGCUGUGGAGGAAGAUGUAUCAUCUCUGAUGAUGAGAAAAGACCUCUCACCCUCAGAAGUGGGCAGCUCGCAGAAGAGUGCAGAUGAGUCCUCGAGUGUUUCCUCUGUGAACUUGGGACAAGCCCCAUCUCCCAAAGCUGAUCCUCAGAAAACAAAAGUAUUUCCGAGUCAAGAGGGUGAGGCCUCACUUCAGAGUGUGCGGCUCCUGGAAGCCCUGAUGGCCAUUUGUCUGCAUAGCGCCAGGACCAGUCAGCAGAAGGUGGAGGUGGAGCCACCAAGCCAGAACUUGUCUGUGGAAAAUAUACUACUUGAAAUGAGGGACUAUCUUUCCCAGUCCAAGGUGAUUGAAACAGAACUAGCAAAGCCUCUAUUUGAUGCCCUGCUUCGAGUUGCCCUGGGGAAUCACUCGGUGGAUUUUGAACACACUGAUGCUAUCGCUGAGAAGAGCCCUCAGUCUGAAGAGGAACUAUUCUUUGAGCCUGGAGACUUUUCAGAAGAGGCUGAGGAUUCUCAGUGCUGCAGUUUUAAGCUUUUGGUGGAAGAAGAAGGUUAUGAGGCAGAUAGUGAAAGCAAUCCUGAGGACAGUGAAAGCCACGAUGACGGAGUAGACUCAAAGCCCGAGGCAGAGGACUUCAGUGCAUUAAGCUGUCCAAGUUACUUCCUUGAAAACCUCACUCAAGGAGAAAUAAUAUACCCUGAAAUUUGUAUGCUGGAAUUAAAUUUGCUUUCCUCUAGUAAAGCCAAGCUUGAUGUACUUGCCCAUGUCUUUGAAAGUUUUUUGAAAAUCAUCAGGCAGAAAGAAAAGAAUAUUUCUCUGCUCAUACAACAGGGAACUGUGAAAAAUCUGUUAGGAGGAUUCUUGAAUAUAUUAAUUCAGACUGAUUCUGAGUUCCAAGUGUGUCAACAGGUCCUGAUGGAUCUUUUAGUAUCUUUUAUGAGCUCCAGAAUGUGUUCAGAAGAUUUAACACUUCUUUUGAGAAUAUUUCUGGAGAAAUCUCCUUGUACAGAAAUUCUUCUCCUGGGCAUUCUGAAAAUUGUUGAGACCGAUAUGUCUAUGAGCCCUUCCCAGUACCUAAGCUUCCCCUUGCUCCACACCCCAAAUGGAAGUGGUGGGGUGUUGUCACAGAAGUGUGCUGGAAUUCUGAGCAGCAAGGCCAUGGGAUUGUUGAGGAGAGCUCGGAUGUCCCGGAGCAGGAGGGACCCUGAUGGUGACAGUGUCGCCCACCAGAUGCUUUCCUCCUGGCACGUGGCACCUGUCCACUUGCCGUUGCUGGGACAAAACUGCUGGCCACACCUGGCAGAUGGCUUCAGCGUGUCCUUGUGGUUUAACGUGGAGUGCGUCCCUGAGACCCAGUGUCCCAUGGGAAGAGAAAGGAAGACGAAGAAAAGAAGCAAGCCAGUGACUGCAUGGGACAAUGGUUAUGACGAAGCAGAAAGCAGCAGGCUGGACAGUGCAGAGGACACAGAUCCAGGGGACAGGCUCCUAGAAGAUGGCUGUGUCCAUUUGCUGGCGCUGGGGUCCAAAGCACUGAUGAUCCAAGUGUGGGCUGCUCCCCACAGCGGCACCUUGAUCUUCCGUGUGUGCAUGGAUUCAAACGACAACACGAAGGCUGUUUUACUGGCACAGGCUGAAUCACAGGAGAAUAUUUUCCUGCCAAGCAAAUGGCAGCAUUUAGUACUCACCUACUUCCAGCAGCCCCAAGGGAAAAAGAACGUCCAAGGAAAGGUGUCCAUGUGGGUCUCUGGACAGAGGAAGCCUGAUGUUACUUUGGAUCAUAUACUUCCAAGGAAAACAAGUUUGUCAUCUGAUAGUAAUAAAACGUUUUGCAUGAUUGGCCAUUGUUGCUCAUCCCAAGAAGAGUGCUUGCAGUUGUCUGGAAAAUGGGACCUGGGAAAUUUGCUCCUCUUCAAUGGGGCUAAGAUUGGUUCACAAGAGGCCUUUUAUCUAUAUGCUUGUGGGCCCGACCAUACGUCUGUCAUGCCUUGUAAAUAUGGCCAGACAUUAAAUGACUACUCCAAAUAUAUCAGUAAAGAAAUUUUAUGCUGUGAACAAAUCAGAGAACUUUUUAUGACCAAGAAAGAGGUGGAUGUUGGUCUCUUAAUUGAAAGCCUUUCAGUAGUGUAUACCUCUGACCAGCCUGCUCUGUACACCAUCUACGAACCAGUCAUCAGGCUGAAAGGCCAGGUGAAAGCUCAGCUCUCCCAAAGACCCUUCAGCGCCAAGGAAGUCCAGAGCAUCUCCCUGGAGGCUCCUCAUCUGAAGAGUCUCCGGCCUACAGAGUAUAAAACCAUCCAGAGUGUUCUGCACGAGAUAGGUGGAACUGGUGUAUUUGUGUUCCUGUUUGCUAGGGUUGUUGAGCUCAGUAGCUGUGAAGAAACUCAAGCCUUAGCACUAAGAGUUAUCCUCUCCUUAACCAAAUACAAUCAGCAGAGAGUCCGUGAACUGGACAACUGUAAUGGCCUGUCCAUGAUCCAUCAGGUGCUGACCAAGCCAAGGUGCAUCGUUGGCUUCCACAUGUUGAAGACACUUCUUGAAGGGUGCUGUGGCGAAGAUAUUAUUCAUGUCAAUGAGAACAGAGAGUUUAAGUUGGCUGUGGAGUCUGAUGCUAUAAUCCAAGAUGUAAAACUCUUGGAAGAGCUGCUGCUUGACUGGAAGAUAUGGAAUAAAGCAGAGCAAGGUGUUUGGGGGACCCUCCUGGCAGCCCUGGAGACCCUCAUCCGAGCAGAGCACCCACAGCAGAUGUUCAACAUUAAGCAGUUGCUGAAAGCCCGUGUGGUCCAUCACUUUCUCCUCACUUGUCAAGUUUUGCAGGAACACAAGGAGGGGCAGUUUCACUCCAUGCCCCGGGAGGUUUGUAGGUCAUUUGUGAAAAUUAUAGCAGAAGUCCUUGGAUCUCCCCCUGAUUUGGAAUUAUUGACAAUUAUCUUCAAUUUCCUUUUGGCAGUUCACCCUCCUACUAAUACUUAUGUUUGUCACAACCCCACAAACUUCUACUUUUCUUUGCAUAUAGAUGGCAAGAUUUUCCAGGAGAAGGUGCAGUCGCUCGUAUACCUGCGACACUCCAGCAGUGGGGGGAAGGCCGGCCCCAGCGCUGGGUUCACAGUGGUCAGUCCAAGUGGCUUCAGUGCUGCCCCUCCUGAAGGAGACAGCGCCUACAGAAUCCUGCCACAAUGCAUCACUGCGCACAUGCCGCGUUCCAGAAGCCUGCCAGCAUUCCCUAUGUCUUCACCAACUGAGCAGCCACAGAAACUGACUGCAAGCUGGGGCUGCAACAUUGACAAAUUAGACAACAUUGCAGAUCAUUAUGGUGCCAGGCGGCCAGAGAAAUGUUAUCCCUCCGGGAGUUCUGAGCUGCUAGAAAAAGGCAAAGAAGAUGCAUUCAUCAGUAGCUGUGAGUCUGCAAAAACGGUUUGUGAAAUGGAAGCACUCUUCCCAGCCCAAGCUGCUGUGGAUGGUGUCCCUGAAGGGAAAUUGAGGCUUCCAGUCGUCAGAGUGGAUCAGAAGGAUGCAGGGGCUGAGGCCAGGUCAGAGGACAGUCCCAGGGAUGAGCCCUGGCCUCGCCGGCCUGACUUCCUCAGGGGACUUGCCUCGUUCCAGCGCAGCCACAGCAGUAUUGCAAGCCUGGGGCUGGCUUUCCCCUCCCAGAAUGGAUCUGUAGCUAUGGGCCGCUGGCCAAGCCUUGGGAAUCGGAGCGCUGAUGAGUGGGAUAGCUGGGCCCUUCCUCUUGGUUACGGGCAGAACUACGGCCAGACCACAGGUGCUCACAGUGUAACUGAAGACUGUUUGGUACCUAUCUGCUGUGGACUGUAUGACCUCCUGAGCGGAGUUCUUCUUAUCCUGCCUGACGUUAUGCUUGAAGAUGUGGUGGACACGCUGAUUCAAGCAGAUACCCUCCUAGUGCUUGUGAACCACCCAUCACCUGCUAUCCAGCAAGGAGUUAUCAAACUAUUAGAUGCCUAUCUUAAUAGAGCAUCUAAGGAACAGAAGGAUAAAUUUCUGAAGAAUCGAGGAUUUUCUUUGUUAGCCAACCAGCUGUAUCUUCAUCGAGGAACUCAAGAAUUAGUAGAGUGCUUCAUUGAAAUGCUCUUUGGCCGAAGUAUCGGCCUUGAUGAAAAAUUUGAUCUGGAAGAUGUGAAAAAUAUGGGACUUUUUCAGAAGUGGUCCGUGAUUCCGAUCCUGGGACUAAUUGAGACCUCGCUGUAUGACAACAUACUCCUGCAUAAUGCCCUUUUACUUUUGCUUCAGAUUUUAAAUUCGUGUUCCAAGGUAGCAGAUCUCUUGUUGGAUAAUGGUCUCCUCUACGUGCUGUGUAAUACAGUGGCAGCCCUGAAUGGAUUAAAAAAUAAUGUUCCUUUGAAUGAGUACAAAUUGCUUGCAUGUGAUAUCCAGCAACUUUUCAAAGCAGUUACGAUUCAUGCUUGCAGUUCCUCAGGCUCACAAUAUUUUAGAGUUAUUGAAGACCUUAUUGUACUGCUCGGCUAUCUUCAAAACAGCAAAAACAAGAGGACACAAACCAUGGCCGUCACGCUGCAGUUCUGGGUUCUCCAGGCAGCUGUGGAGUUCAUAAGGACCACUGCCAGCCAGGACUCUGACAGCCUCUCCCACACAGUCCAGUUAGCCGCUGCUCCCCAUCACGCAAUAUUUCAGAAGCAGAGGAGUAUUCCUGGUCCUCGCAAAUUUUCCCUUGCCCAAACUGAGUCUCUUCUGAUAAAAAUGCGUUCCGUGGCCAGUGAUGAGCUUCACAUGUUGAUGCAGCGGAGGAUGAGCCAAGAGAACACCACCCGGGCAACCGAAACAGAGCUGGCCCAGCGACUGCAGAGGCUCCUCAUCUUAGCUGUCAACAGAAUAAUUUAUCAAGAGUUUAAUCCAGAUGUUAUUGACAUCUUGAGCACUCCAGAAAACACAUCUCAAAGCAGGAGCUCAGUUUCUGAGGAGAGUCUUCAUCAGGAACAGCCUUCCGUUUGCAACCCAUUUCAGAAGGAAAUGUUCACUUACCUGCUGGAAGGAUUCAAAGCAUUGCUUGGCUCAAGUAAAAGCCCCGGAUGUAAGCAGCAGUGGACGAAGAUCGUGGCGUCCUGUAAGGAGACAUUCCGCGUGCAGCUCGGCAGGCUGCUGGUGCACAUGCUGUCACCACGCCGCUCUUCACAGGAGAGGAAACAGAUUUUGGAACUAGUCCAUGAACCGAACCAUCAGGAGAUACUCCGAGACUGCCUCAGCCCAUCACUGCAACAUGGAGCAAAGUUAGUUUUGUAUUUGUCAGAGUUACUGCUUAAUCACCAAGAUGAGCUGACAGAUGAAGAGCAGGAAACAGCAGAGGUGCUUAUGAAUGCGCUGAGGGCCUGCGGCCAUAAGGGCCUCACCCCCGGCAUGGCAGCCAAGCCAGAGCUCCUCAGGAUGAUCAGAGAGGAACAGAAGAGAUAUGAAACUGAAGAAGGAGUAAAUAAAGCUGCCUGGCAAAAAACAGUUAAUAAUAAUCAACAAAGUCUCUUUCAGCGCCUGGAUUCAAAAUCAAAGGAUAUCUCUAAAAUAGCUGCAGAUAUUACACAGGCUGUCUCACUGUCCCAAGGAAUCGAGAGGAAGAAAGUGAUUCAUCACAUCAGAGGGAUGUAUAAAGUAGAUCUGAGCACCAGCAGACACUGGCAGGAGCUAAUUCUACAGCUGACCCACGACAGAGCAGUCUGGUAUGACCCCAUUUAUUAUCCAACCUCGUGGCAGCUGGACCCAACAGAAGGACCGAAUCGAGAGCGGAGGCGUUUACAGAGAUGUUAUUUAACUAUUCCAAAUAAAUAUCUCCUCCAGGGUAGACAGAAGUCAGAAGAUCUCCUCAAACCACCACUUUGUUACCUAUUUGAAGACAAAACUCAUUCUUCUUUCUCAUCUACUGUAAAAGACAAAGCUGCAGGUGAAUCUAUAAGAGUGAAUCGAAGAUGUUUCAGUGUUGCACCAUCUAGAGAGACAGCGGGGGAGCUGUUACUCGGUAAAUGUGGAAUGUAUUUUGUGGAAGAUAAUGCUUCUGAUGCAAUGGAAAAUUCAAGCCUUCAAGAGGAGCUGGAGCCAGCAUCUUUUUCCUGGACAUACGAAGAAAUUAAGGAAGUUCAUAAGCGUUGGUGGCAGCUGAGAGACAAUGCUGUAGAAAUCUUUCUAACAAACGGCAGAACACUCCUGCUGGCAUUUGAUAACACCAAGGUCCGUGAUGACGUCUACCAAUGCAUUCUAACAAAUAACCUCCCAAACCUCCUGGAAUAUGGAAACAUCACAGCUCUGACCAACUUGUGGUACACUGGACAGAUCACAAACUUUGAGUAUCUAACGCACUUGAACAAGCACGCCGGCCGCUCCUUCAAUGACCUCAUGCAGUACCCCGUGUUCCCGUUUAUACUUGCUGACUAUGUGAGCGAGACUCUGGAUCUCAAUGAUCCAGCCAUCUACAGAAAUCUCUCUAAGCCUAUAGCUGUACAGUAUAAAGAAAAGGAAGACCGUUAUGUAGACACAUACAAGUACCUGGAAGAAGAGUACCGCAAAGGAGCCAGGGAGGACGACCCCAUGCCGCCCGUGCAGCCCUACCACUACGGCUCCCACUACUCCAACAGCGGCACCGUGCUGCACUUCCUGGUCAGGAUGCCCCCUUUCACCAAGAUGUUUUUAGCCUAUCAAGAUCAGAGCUUUGACAUCCCAGACAGAACUUUUCAUUCCACAAACACGACUUGGCGCUUGUCAUCUUUUGAAUCCAUGACUGACGUGAAGGAACUUAUCCCAGAGUUCUUCUAUCUUCCAGAGUUCUUAGUUAACCGGGAAGGCUUUGACUUCGGAGUGCGUCAGAAUGGGGAGCGGGUCAAUCACGUGAACCUCCCACCAUGGGCACGCAACGACCCUCGGCUUUUCAUCCUCAUUCAUCGCCAGGCCCUGGAGUCUGACUGUGUUUCCCAGAACAUCUGCCAGUGGAUUGACCUGGUGUUCGGGUACAAACAGAAGGGGAAGGCCUCUGUCCAAGCCAUCAAUGUCUUCCACCCCGCGACAUACUUUGGAAUGGACGUAUCUGCAGUUGAGGAUCCUGUUCAGAGACGAGCCCUGGAAACCAUGAUCAAAACCUACGGCCAGACACCUCGCCAGCUGUUCCACACAGCGCACGCCAGCCGGGCCGGAGCCAGGCUGGGCCUCGAGGGGGAGCUGCCUGCUGCCGUGGGCCUGCUGGUACAGCUUGCUUUCCGGGAGACCCGGGAACCAGUCAAAGAAGUCACAUACCCGAGUCCUUUGCCGUGGAUAAAAGGCCUGAAGUGGGGGGAGUAUGUGGGCUCGCCCAGCGCCCCCAUGCCCGUGGUCUGUUUCAGCCAGCCCCAUGGGGAAAUGUUUGGCUCUCUGCAGGCCCUGCCCACCCGAGCCAUCUGCGGCUUGUCCAAAAACUUCUGCCUCCUGAUGACAUAUAGCAAGGAGCAAGGCGUGCGGAGCAUGAACAGCACGGACAUCCAGUGGUCAGCCAUCCUGAGCUGGGGCUACGCCGACAACAUCCUCAGGCUGAAGAGUAAGCAAAGCGAGCCUCCAAUAAACUUCAUACAGAGCUCUCACCAGCACCAGGUGACUAGCUGUGCCUGGGUCCCUGACAGUUGCCAGCUGUUCACCGGAAGCAGAUGUGGUGUCAUCACCGCCUAUGCCAACAGGCUCUCCAAUAGCACGCCAUCAGAGAUAGAAAUGGAGUCUCAGGUACACCUCUAUGGACACACGGAAGAGAUCACCAGCUUAUUUGUUUGCAAACCAUACAGUAUAUUGAUAAGUGUCAGCAAAGACGGGACCUGCAUUAUAUGGGAUUUAAACAGGCUGUGCUACGUCCAAAGUCUGGCUGGACACAAAAGCCCUGUCACCGCUGUCUCUGCCAGUGAGACAACAGGGGACAUAGCCACGGUGUGUGACUCAGCUGGCGGAGGCAGUGACCUUCGACUGUGGACUGUUAAUGGGGACCUCGUUGGACACGUCCACUGCAGGGAGAUCAUCUGCUCAGUGGCUUUCUCCAACCAGCCCGAGGGAGUGUCGGUCAACGUGAUUGCUGGGGGCUUAGAAAAUGGGAUUGUGCGGUUGUGGAGCACAUGGGACUUGAAACCGGUUCGGGAAAUCACGUUUCCUAAGUCACACAAGCCAAUUGUCAGCCUCACCUUCUCCUGUGAUGGCCACCACCUGUACACGGCUAACAGUGAGGGCACUGUGAUCGCGUGGUGUCGAAAGGACCAGCAGCGCCUGAAGCAUCCCAUGUUCUACUCCUUCCUCAGUAGCUAUGCAGCUGGCUGA